CUGUUUUUUCUCGGGGUUCUCAGUUGUAUAUUCGGCCGGGAAGCGGUUGAGCACGACAUGGGAUCGUCUCGUUUGCGCCAAAGUUCAUUGGAGGAACGUUACCGCAAAUGUUUGCGCAUUUCGUUGACCUUCCUCUUCUCUCAGGUGGGUCUCAUUGGGUUGGUGGUGGCCUAUUCGGCCGCCGGGGCCGUCCUUUUCGAGUGGCUGGAAGCCGAUCAGGAAAUCGAACCGCGUCGCAAGAUCCUGCAGAUUCGACUCGACUGUCUCGACGAUUUGAAUCGACUCAAUCGGCAGCAGUUUGACAACAAUUCCGAUGAAUUAUGGGCCAUCAAAGCCGGCGCUCUUCUCAAAGCGUUUGAAACUCAAGUGGUCAAGGCCACCAAAGUGGAGGGAUACGACGGUAAAGAAGUGGACGACGCCGAACGGCAAUGGUCCGUCAGCGGAUCGCUACUUUAUUCCAUCACCGUCAUCACCACCAUAGGUUAUGGCAAUUUAGCUCCGAAGACGGGCCCCGGCAAAGUGGUGACUAUCAUCUACGCCCUGAUUGGAAUCCCAUUGAUGCUCCUGUGUCUAUCCAAUUUGGGCUCCUUCAUGGCCAGCAGUUUCCAGUUCGCCUUUGGUAAACUCUACUGCUGUUUCUGGUGUUCCAGUCAAAAGUGUUGUUGCAACAACAGCAACUACAGGCGACAGAGGAGGAGACAACAUCACCAACAACAAUUGAAAACGCUGACCCAACCCGGUCACGUCCUCUCGUCCAAUCCACCGACCAACAACAACAACAAACAACAGCCAAUCAAAGCGCAACCGGUUGUCCAGCAGGUUAAACGGGAGAAAGUGACAACGGACAAUGACGGGAUGACGGCCGAAGAUUUGGCUCAAUUAGCCGAACGGGACUACGACAUUGUCAUCAACUGCGAUGCUGGGCUAAUCAGCCGGACCCAACAACAACAACAGCGGGUGGUCAUCUCCGGCUUGAAUUACUGCGGGAGCGACAGGUUGAACGACAAGGCUCGAAUCUUAUUGGCCGAUUGUUCGCGUUACGACUCGAAAGCUGAUGAUCAAGGAGCUGCUCCUAAGCCACACCUUGAUGUUGGCUGGCCAUCAGCGGAGGAGCCGGACGGCGGCCAAGGCCAGCAGCAACGCCACCAAGUGAUGCAGUGUGAUUCACCAGCAGCAGCACCACCUGCUGUGCAAACGACCGACAUAAAAUCGAUGCUGGGCAUCGUUCCAGCAUCAGCAGAUGGAAUAAUAGAAUCGGCUAAAGUGAAUCAACACGGCACCGCUGGUCCGACAGUCGUUAAUGCUAAAGGCCAGCAACAACAGCAGCAACGGGUGCCCGUCUCUGUGGUGCUGGCCUUUCUAGUGGGUUACAUCUGCAUCGGAGCGGCCGUCUUCUCCGCCUGGGAAGAAUGGUCCUACCUGGACGGGGCUUAUUUCAGUUUCAUCACCUUGUCGACCAUCGGAUUCGGCGAUCUGGUGCCCGGCUCCAAAGUCCUGGAACAGGGCGAAACCAAAUUGGUGGCCUGUAUCGUUUACCUGGUCGUCGGCCUGGCCAUGAUCGCCAUGUCGUUCAAUCUCGUCCAGGAGGAGGUCAUUUACAAUUUCCAGCGACUGGGCCAGAACAUGGGCAUCCUGGACGAGAAAUAAUUCAUAUCUAUUUUAAUUCUAAUAAUAUUAGUUGGAUGAAAAUACACAGAGUUAACUAUA